AGCAAAAAUUCGUGCCCCGCACGCCCUGGUGAUGACUUUCCUGUUCAAGAGUGGAAGUUUAAUAGAGAAAUUGAAAUCGAUUGCUCAGGCCACGUACACUCACUCCCGGAACCUGGCGUGUUUUGUGUUCACCUACAAGGGGCUGAUGGCGCUGCAGUCUCGGCUACAGGGGAAAAAAAUCCCGUUUCAUUCUUUCUUUGCAGCCUUCAUUGGAGGCUGGCUGGUGUUCGGUGAGAACAAUCCCAUCAACAGCCAGAUCAUUAUGUACCUGCUGUCUCGUAUCCUGUUCGGCUUGUCUCGCCUGGCAGUGGAAAAGGGCUACAUCCCACAGCCAAAGCAGGAUCCCUUUCCACUUGUGGCUGCUCUGAUAUGGGGGACAGUUCUCUGGCUCUUUGAAUACCACCGGCAAACUCUGCAGCCUUCUCUGCAGUCCUCCAUGACCUACCUGUAUGAUGACAGUAACACAUGGCAUGACAUUUCUGAUUUCCUCAUUUAUAACAAAAGGACAGACAGCAAGUAGGUGGUUUGUUGUAAAACACCUUUGAAUGGGAUGGUCCCUUUCAGCAGCUGAGGGAAAAGGUUAAUUCUGUUGCUCUUGAUUUUUUUAAUUAACAUCUAUGAAGCACACUUGCUUCUUUUGUCCUGGCCAAAAUAUUCUGAUUCAUCCUCUAUUGGCUCUGUUUAGAGAAAGUAAAUACCCCACAGAACUUGUUGUAGUCCUUAGUGAGAGUAAAAUGCCUUGGGAAUAUUCC